AUGGUGACGGUCGAGAGACGACCUAGAGUGAGGUUCAGUAGUGGUAUCAAGGAGAUAAUCUCUAAGAAGGAUCCUUGGCUCCCUCGGGGCCCAGACAUACAUCCCGCAAUAGAGUACACAACAGCCCCACGGCCUGCUGAGCAGAUUAAACCUAGUAGAGAGUAUACUCUUGAUGAAUAUAGGCAGGCUGCUGAGCACUCAGCUGCAUCUGAGGGAUAUAUUGUCAAGAUGGAUGAAUUUGAGAAGAAGAAGAAUGGCCUACAGCAGCAAUACGAUGAGCUGAGGUCUCGGGAGCUAUCAUUGAGGAAGGAGACUGAUAAGAGAGCUCCGGAAGUUGCUGUCGAGGCUGAUCGUGGUGUAUCCAGACGACCAUCAUGGAUGGUAUUGACCGAUGAGGAACGUAUGGAUGGUAGAGCACUGUUGUGCAGGACAGGGUCAGAGCUGUUGGCCCCUAAACAGUACAAUAUCGACAUAACAGCACAUGCACUGUCAUGCCUACAGCAGGGACGAUGGCUCAAUGAUGAGGUGGUCAACUAUUACUUCAUGAUGUUACAGGAUCGGAGUGAUCGGAGCUGCAAAGGGAGCCUUCCACGGGUAUUCCUCUGGAACUCAUUCUUCUGGCAGAAGCUCAGCUCCAACGCCUCAGGGGCAUACUCCUACAAAUCAGUUGCAAGGUGGUCUAAGCGACGACACGCUGAUAUCUUCUCUUAUGAUAUGAUGAUAGUGCCCAUUCAUGUUGGGAAAACUCAUUGGGCACUUGGUGUAGUAGAUCUGAAGGAGUGCACACUGAGCUAUUAUGAUUCACUUGGAGCAUCCCAUCCUAAGUUCUAUGAUUACAUAUCACGAUAUAUCGAGGAUGAACAUAAGGAUAAGGGAUCCAAGGUACCACUACGAAACCCCAGUGGAUGGCAGCGACGUGAUGCAGUUAUUACACCUACUUGCACUGUACCUCGUCAAAAUAAUUCAAACGAUUGUGGAGUAUUCAUGUGCAUGUUCGCCGAGGCUGUAUCAGGAGGGAGGUCCAUUACGGAGGUAUCUCAAGACAUUAUUGUUGAUAUGCGGUAUAAGAUGGCAUGCCAAAUAUCCGCAGGACGUGUUCCUGGACCGACUGACUGA